AUUCAUAUUCAUAUUCAUUCAUUCGUUCUAACUCGAAAGCGUGUCACUCUGCUCUCAUUGCUCUUUUCUUUUCUCUUUCUCCAGACAAGGAAUCAAUUACCCUGUUCACGUUUUCUCACAAACGCAAAAAGCCUACAAACCAAGCAAAUCAUCAUCUUUCUCCUUCCCUCAAUCAUGCCCCUGUCAUAGCUUAACACAACACAACUCAACUCUCAUCAUCAUAUCAUUCUACACCACCUAGCUUCCAUGGCAGCUUUUCAACCUUCCACCACUUCCCACACCUAAUACAAAACCCAAACACCUACCCAUCUUCCUAUACCCCACCACACUUUACUCCCUGUUCCUCACUCUCCCAUCUCAUCAUUCCCUUUCGCCCGUGCUGUUCCAAUUUAAUUGCGCACCCAACAUGUACGCCCUCGACAUUUCACACACACAACACACCUUCGGCCUCCAAAGCAACGCUAAAACCCCCUCUUUCUCCUCCUCUCUCCUCGACACCAUCUACCGCUCCAUCGACGAAGGAGAGACCACCGCCAACGACAUGAAACUCCACACCCAGACAAUCAUCAAGAAACAGAGCAGAAUCCUCGUCCAACAAGAUUUAACGGCGCCGACCAUUCCCCGUUCUUGUUUACUGCAAAAAUGGAAGGGAAGCGAGAAAACGGUGAAAGCACAGAUGGAGAGAAAACCAAAAUCGCGUUUGCAUGGUCACGAUCACGACCGGGAGGUGAUGUUCUUCAGUUCGACUUCGAGUUGCUCGGAUUCCAGCUCUGGAUUACUGUCUUCCUCUGACACUGAAUCCCUGUACGGAUCGAGGUCGCGAGUUUCGUGUUUUGCUCCUUCGAGACCCAAGCCAUUGAUGACGUCGGCGAGCAAUGAAGAGCGUCUGAUAAAGCCAAAAUCGAGGGCGUUGAAGAUGUACAACAAUCUGAAGAAAGUGAAGCAACCCAUCUCUCCGGGGGGGAAGCUGAGUACUUUUCUCAGCUCUCUGUUGGGGAACGCGAAGAAAGCCAAAACCUUGGACGAAGCAAAAUCCAAGUCGGGACAAGAAUCCACGUGUUCCUCUGCGUCCUCGUUCUCACGCUCUUGUUUGAGCAAGGCUUCGACUUCCUCGAACAAAUUGCGCAACGGGGUUAAGCGAACGGUGCGGUUUUACCCCGUGAGCGUGAUCGUGGACGAGGAUUGUCGACCAUGCGGGCACAAGUGUUUGUACGAAGAAGACGCCACGCGCGUAAUGGCGUUGUCUAUGCCAACGGCGUGGAAAAUUGGACGCAACAAGAACGAAGAAGAGGAAAAGGUUGUGGAUAAGAGCAGACGCGUGGAGGAGGCGGCCAGAGAGUUUUUGAAAGAGUACCACCGAAGUCAGAAAAGGAGCAACUUGAUUAAUGUCAGGGAUUUUCCCAAUGCGGUGGAAGAUGAAGACGAAGACGAAGACGAUCAAGAUACAGAUAAUGACGAUGCAGCGAGUUAUUCAAGUUCGGAUCUUUUUGAGCUCGAUCACCUUUCAGUGAUGGGAAACAAUAGGUAUCGUGAGGAGCUUCCGGUGUACGAGACUACACAUGUCAGUACCAAUCGCGCCAUUGCCAAUGGCCUAAUAUAAUGUAGUUUCUGUCCAUUACAAUCCUAGUUUCAUAAUAAACUACACAGAUUACAUAUAUAUUACAAUCAUUUUGUUUUCUUCGUUCACCAUCAUCGCUCAAAAUCAAUGUAUCAUCAUCAUCAUCAUCUUCAUGACUGUUUGUCUAUGCAAGACGAAUGUUCUAGUUUGGAGUAGUUAUAAAACAAUAAAACAGCAGCACUGUGAUGCAUAAGUUUAACAAACUUUCUACUCGAUCAUGGAUUAUACAUAGAUGGUUUGAUUUGGGUGAGAUCGUGUUAGCCGUUUUUCAGUUGAUUUUGGCAUGGGUAAGUAAUAUUUUUUUUGUUUUUACAUCCCGUGUUAGACAGUAACUUUUGUAGAAGUACGUAUCUGGGAAGGCGUGCGUGUGUAUCUGUGAUAGAAUGUUGUUGAGUGAGGGAGAAUAUGAUAAAAAGCAGAGUAGCUGCGUGAUUUAUAAAGCGAGUAGGGUACUGCUAAAAGGAGAGAGAAGUGGGGAUGUGUAAAUUCUCGAUCACGAUCAAACAUUCACACAGAUACUGACAGAGCAGUUGGAUGAAGGAGGAAGAAAAUGAUAAAGAAAAGAAAGAAAAAGAGGAAGAGGAAAACGAAAGAUUCGAGAUGGCGAUGAGAAGCAAAAUGGUAAAGGGAAAGGCAGAUCUUCGCCCAUGGGAAUAGAGAAAGUGAAUAAUACUAAAGCCUAUGCUUUCUUAGUUUCUCUCUUUCUUUCUUUCUUUCUUUCUUUCUUCCAUCCUCUCUGGAAUUCCCAUUUUUGUA